AGCCGUCUGGGCUCGGGGACGCGCCAGUCGCCACGGCCUCCUGUGGCACCCGCGCUCGCGCCUCGCCGCGUUUUCGCCGCGCGGUCCCGGCACGUGCGCAUGCCGCGGUCCCCGCGCCGCGGGGCGCGGCGCGGCGUGACAGCGAUGCUGCCCGCAGCGGUGCUGCUGGCGCGGCCGGUGUUCGGCGCGGCGGCCGCCGGGAUCGUGACGCUCGCCGAGCUGCCCGAGGCUCCGAUCAUGGUGGACGGCGGAGAGGCGGACCCAUGCGAGUGGCCGAGGUGCGCGAAACACCGCCUCCCCUGCGUCACAAAGAAGGUGGGCACCUGCGUGAUGCCGCAUCCGGGGUGCUACAACAAGCACGCGGUGUGCAUACUCGUGGGGCGCUGCCACUGCCCGGAGAACUACUGCGCGGUCCCGGGUACCCGAAGGUGUGAGCCGCAGGUCGUGUUCGAGGGGGCCCGCCCCGAUGCCUUCGAGCCGGGGUUCUGGCUCCGGCUGUUCGCGGCGCUGGGCCGCCCCGAGCAGUUCCCGGCCUUGUGGCAGGCCAAGGAGCGCCCCGCGUCGCUGAUCACGCCCCGCUGCCUGCCCGCCGUGGCCCUCCUGCUCCUAGGCCUGGCCGUCGCGGUCUCCACGGGGGUGGCGCUGUGCGAGGGUCUGGUCAGGUGCGCCUGCUGCAGACGCACCGCACGGACGUUCAGUGCCGACAGCCUGGACGGGGGCGAGGGUGCAGGGCGCAGAGGCCCGCUGGAGGAGCGCUCCGAGGCCACCACGGGCACGGGGCAGAGCACCGGCAGCGUUCUGACGCUGUGCCACCACCGGCUGGACUGGGUGGACGGCGAGGCCGCGGGCACUAGCAGAGUGGGCAAGGAGCCGCGAGCAGUGCCGGUGGUGCUGCUGGCGGGACUGGUCGUGUUCUGCAGUGCGUGGGCGGUCCACUCGCGGUACGAGAACUGGGAGGUUACGAGGGAGAUCCUGGCAGACCAGCUCCAGCAUCUGAAGAACGACUCGGAGCAGCUCAGCCAACAGACCCUCCUGCUCAACUACACGGCCUCGAACCUGAGCUUCGCGUUCGACCAGAUUUCGCGCUGCAAGCAUAACCCAGUGAUGUCUAUGGUCGGCCGGUUUGCCGUCAAUUCCACGAAAGAGUUGGCCAAUGUAGUGCAUAAUUUCCAGGAUGGUGUCAAGGAUGCUCCUGUGGAGGUCGACAAAGCUCAAGAGAAGCUGGUGAGAUACAGUGCGGGGGCUGUCUGGUUCCCCUGUGCCCCAAUGCUCAUCAUGUCCAUCUUUGCAUUGAUCAUGUUGGCGGAAGUGUUUAUCGCCAGGUUUUUCGGAUCACCUGCGACGGCACGGUGCGAGAAUAAGGGUCUGGCUAUUUGUGCAAUUUUCUUCGUGCUGAUUAUCAUUUUUGUAGCUGCCACUUGUGCCGGUGCACGGUGGCGGAUAUUGUCGGUUUUGAUAGGAAGUGCGCAGAUAUGUUCGGAUAUCGACCAGAACGUGGUCGAUUUUGUCAACGCUGAGGUUGAGGCUGCAGAGGUGGGCCACCUCUUUGCGAACGUUUCACGGUUUUACGUCCUCGGGGACGUAUACAAUCCAUUGAACCAGUUCGCCGACGACAUCCACGAGUACAUCCAAAAUGUGUUGGACAUUUGGCGGGAGUAUCACGAGUCCAUCGUGAAGCCGCAGUCGCUCUCGUGCAAGCCUCUGGGCGAUCUCGACAAAGAUAUUGAGGGCAUUCGUGACGUGGUCUUGGCCAACUUGAGAACGGCAAGAGGAUUGUUCAGCGCUGCGAACACCUAUCGGUACUACCGGGAAACUGUACACGGCGGCAUAUGCAAUCAAAUGCCGAAAAGUUUAGGACAAUAUUGUAUUCAGCAGGCCCUCGUGGGCUUGAUAUUGUUCCCACUAUGCGCUAUGUUUACACACAACUACCUCGCACACCACGUGAGCAAGCGGAGGUUUAUACUGUCGGAGUUCGAGUUUUGGCAAGGUGACACAACCGACGACGGUGACACAGAAGUCGGUGCCGAGGUCACAGACAAGUCCUAGCGAGCGGUACACACCUUGGCAUCUCAAGCUCGGGAGGGCCCAUGUGUUGUGGUGAGGUGACAGUUUGGGGGGUGCUCCCACCAGCAAUAGCCGCGCGCGUAGUCACGUUGUGCCUUACAUGCACGGUGCGAUGUCUUCGCCUGGGCACAGCACUCAUGAUAGCACUUCUGAAGCGAGUCCUCUUAAAUGCCAGGACAGUGUUGUGGCUGCGAUGCCGCUUUUUUUUCUGUUCCCACCGCAUCGCUUUUGCUCGGUGUACGACUGCGAAUGCACUCGACAAGUGCAUCGAUUCAGUACCUCACGUAUCUUCUCCAGGGUUCUGUAGGCUGUUACACAUCUUCCGGCAGUUCCCAGCGAGUCCUUUCAGCCAGUGAUUGAUUCACUGUUCUAUUUCCGCGGCCCGCUAGGACUUGAUUUAGGGAGACAAACAAUGACAUAAGCAUAAGAACUCGGAGGUCCGCGCGGACCUCUGAGUUUUUAUGCUUAUGGCAUUGCUUGGUUCUCUAUGAUUGGCCCUGCGAGUCAUCGUUUGAAUCUCCUGCAGUGGCGGAGCCAUCUCACAGCGAACAGCUCUGGCUUUCGAGGAGGCGUGUCGUCUGAGAUGAGGAGCGCGUGCCCCGCGCACGCCCGAGUGGCUUCGAUUGCACCGCGUGCAUGUGAAGGAAGGCAUUGGAGGAGGGGGGGAGCGCGAAGGGUGGGCAAUUAAUUCGCGUACUUGCACAGUCGCGGCGCAGUCAUGCGUGCCAGUUUCAUUUGCACCAUCAAUUCGAUCGCGGUCAGACUCGUUGCCCACCCAGACUCGCCACGGAAACGAACGAGCGAGGCCGUGCACAGCCUGGCAGCACGCGCCACACGACACGGCGCGCCACUGAGCAGCAGGGUGCGAGGAUACAUGGGGCUGCCGAACUCCAGCUUGGGAACUGUCAAGGGAGGCA